GUCAAAAUUUAAACCUCAGAUCCUGACUGCCUGCCUGAAAAACGCUAUAAGUCAACAAGAUAGAGUGAAGAUUACCAAAAAUAAGAUGGAGGAAGACUAUAAAAAAGAGAUUGCAAUGCUCAUAAAAUCUAAAAAGGCAUCUAGAGCGAGUAACUGUGUGGAAAAAGCUAUCCAAGAGGAGAGUCGUCUGGAAGCGCUGGAGAUCAUUCAGAUGUUUUGUGAAGCAUUGUACAUAAAAAGUGGAUUGAUCAAUUCUACAGAGAGCCUUGACCCGACCCUCACGGAAGCGGUGUCUACUAUCAUCUGGGCUGCCCCUUAUUUUGAAGUUGAGGUCUCUGAGCUGAAGAAAGUAUCUCAACAACUUUGCCUCAAAUACAGCAAAGAAUAUGGCAACCUCUGUCGGGCCAACAAUCUUGGGACAGUCAAUCAGAAAGUGAUACAGUUACUCACUGGCAAAAAGCCUUCCACAGCCAAAAUCAUGGGAUAUCUGCAGAACGUGGCACAAGAGUUCAAUAUAAGCAUGGUUGGCUUUGAGAUCGUUGGUGAUUCGGCACAACCUAAUUCAUCUUGCCCAUAUCCACUGAGCAAUGAACACUUUCCAGAAUCGUUCAGGACUUUACAAAGUGUAGACGGCACCUUUCCUCCUGAAGCUUUAGAUGACUUGUCUUUGGAAGAUGAUGAUAAAAUGUUAAAAACAGGAAAUCCUGACAUUUUAAUAAAUUCUGGUUUCGGAUUUAAAACAGACCUGUGGAAAGAAGACCAAAGUCCGACGCUAAGAACCACAACGCCUGAACCGCCACCACGAUUUCGUGGCCCGGUUAUGGACGAAAUGACAGAUUCUCUUUAAAUGUAGAAAAAAAAGUGUACUUAUCAUUGUAUUGGUUUCAUACU